CGUAGGAGGAAGGAGACGCCAUUAGAGGGAGGAGAGGGCUGGCUCCCCUAGCCUCGGGUGCCUGACGUGGUAGCCGGGGCCCAUCAUUUCUGGGACUUUUCUCUCGGGCCUCCCAGGUCUCGGCCGCGGGGGACGCGGCGGGUACCGGGCUCGGCAACGGGGGCGUGAAGAGCCGGGCCCCGGGCGGAGCGGGGCUCGGCUCGGCGCGGCGCGGCGCGGCGGGGCAGCGGCGGGAUGGCUGCAGCCGGCGGCGGCGGCGGCGGGGCGGCGGCAGGGCGAGCCUACUCCUUCAAGGUGGUGCUGCUCGGGGAAGGCUGCGUGGGGAAGACGUCGCUGGUGCUGCGCUACUGCGAGAACAAGUUCAACGACAAGCACAUCACCACCCUGCAGGCAUCUUUCUUAACAAAGAAGUUAAAUAUUGGUGGGAAAAGAGUAAACCUUGCCAUAUGGGAUACAGCAGGUCAAGAGAGAUUCCAUGCAUUGGGUCCAAUUUACUACCGAGAUUCAAACGGAGCUAUUUUAGUUUAUGAUAUAACAGAUGAAGACUCUUUUCAGAAGGUCAAAAACUGGGUCAAAGAGCUACGGAAAAUGUUGGGAAAUGAAAUCUGUCUGUGUAUAGUUGGUAAUAAAAUAGACUUGGAAAAGGAGAGACAUGUUUCCAUCCAAGAAGCAGAAUCGUAUGCAGAUUCUGUGGGAGCAAAACAUUAUCAUACUUCCGCUAAACAAAACAAAGGAAUUGAGGAACUCUUCCUUGACCUUUGUAAAAGAAUGAUAGAGACGGCGCAGGUGGAUGAGAGGGCGAGAGGCAAUGGCUCUAGUCAAGCCGGGGCUGCCCGGCGGGGCGUGCAGAUCAUUGACGACGAACCGCAGGCUCAGAGCGGCAGUGGAGGGUGCUGUUCUUCCGGAUAACUGCUCGGGCCUGUGAAACUCAGAACAAAACCGAACUGUGGAUCAUUGCCCUCAACAUGAAGACUGCCAUAUUCCAAGUCACAUCAUUUUACCAAUGGAGUUCUAGAAUUAACAGUAUUUUAAAUUACGUUUAUAACACUGCAGAGACCUUAAGUGCUAAACUUAGUGGAGUUUGUGACCAGAGAAUUGGCAUUUUCUACAAAUGUUAACAAAGCAAUUACCAAUGGCCUUUUUACAUAUUUUUUCUUUAAUGAGGAAUAAUAUGCAUGUAGAAAAGACCUACUUAAAGGCUUCAUUUAUAUUCUUUUAAAUCAGAUCUUUAUUUAAUAACUUAUAUAUGAUGUUGGAAUGGUAUACAUUUUUGCAGUCCUUUGUAUUUUGUGGUAGUUUGAAUUGUAUCACUUCUAAACAGCAUACUGUUUUUGUUUUUGUUUUUGAUUAGCAGAUACCUGAAGUUCUAUUUUUGCAGGGUUUGCACAGGCCCCUAACUGUCUACUACUUUGAUAUAAUCUAUAAACAUCCUGUAUGCUGAGCUGGUAAAAUACAUUGUAAAUUACAUAUUAAAUAUUUUAUCUGCUUUUACAAGCGCAAGGUGCAAAAAUAUAUACAAUUGUCUUAUUGGUGACUGUAAAGUGAAUUAAGCGUUGGUGAUAAUACCUAAGCUUUUUGACUCUGUUCUAACGAGCCUCACCCUCCUUCACUUUGUCUUAACGUGAAAAUGACGUGUUUUGAUUUACACAUACUUUACUUGAAUUAUUACUCUUGCCACUUUCUUUCCUUCCCUCUUCUUUUUUUUUUUUUUUUUGCCUCUGUAAGAUCAAAAAGCAGCAUUUGCCUUUUUAUUAUUAAUAUUAUUAAACAAGAUCUCUUCCGCCAGUUUUGUUUUAGAACAGUUACCUUAGAAGGAUCUGAGUGGAACAUGCCAAGUUCACUUCUGCAGCACUGGUUUUCUGCAGGGCUUUCCAUGAGAUGGUUACUGGCCUGAGAAGAGGGGUCCCAGGUAGUAGCCACUGAUAAAGGCUUAUUUAUAUAGGAUGGUGAGUGGUAAUGUAUGCUCCUGAGGCAGCACUUCUGGAUCCCUCACGAGGAUGUUUUAUUAGUCAUUGCUUGUCAGAAAUGAAUAUAGAAAGUUUUUCAUUUUAGAAGAGUUAUCUGAGUUUCUGUGGGAAGAAGCAUUUUGUAAUGCAGUUAGAGGAACACUGGAAAGAUUUAUUAUGAAAUCAUAUUGUUUGUUUUGUAAUUAGUCCCACAUUGGAUUUCUUUUUCUUUAGUGUUGGACUGAAAUUUGUUCAUUUAAAAAAGAAUCAGGCACCGCUCACAGAAGAACGAGAUUGUGGAAAUUAACAUAAAUUGUUCAUGUUCUAAUAUAUAUAUAUAUAUAUUUUCCCAUUUCUGUCAUGCUUGGAAAACUAGUAAAUGUUGUGUGUAAGAUAAGAUGGAAUGGUCCCUGGAUUUACUUCUAGGAAUUAGAAUAUAGUAACGCAGUGAGUAAGCAUUUCUGAAGAUACAAGGAGGUGGUGGUCACUGAGCGAAUACUACCAUAUUCUUAAGAAUAGCUUAAACCUUCCCAAAGAGGCUGAAAGUUGAAUGACUUGACACCUUACCAUCUGAAUAAUAGGAAUUUAACGUAGCACUGUGUUCUCUGGGCCCUCUCUAGAUUAUUUACUUAGUGACAUUACUAGACUCAAAGCACUGCCUCUUUGCGGUGGGCCCGAAGAUGGUGAGAAUGGGAAGAUCCCGAGAGUGACCUCCAGCUGAGGCCCACUGCAGGGCCUGUGCUGUGCCUGCCGUCCCUGGUUUCCUGGGGAGUCGGUGUUGGUGCAGGAGCAGAAGGGACUGCAGAAACCAUGGGUCACUGGAGAAUUUGUUCCCAAUGCUCUGGCUUUUCAGUAGUAAAGACUGCUGCCAAUCUUGCUGCUGUAGAUAGAAAUAGACUUUCCUCAGUGGAGCAGAAUACUGUUUUUUAACUAGAGAUGAAAUUAAAAUAAGUUCAACUUGAUCAUUGGAGAGCUGUGCUUGAGUUUUUCCCUCUCAGUUGCAUCAGUUCCAUACGGGAGCCUCUGCUCUGGAGUUGCAGGUAGUUAAUUAUUCCUGGGGUAGAAACUACCUUCUGUAUUGUCCUUUGCCAUCUCAUACAUUUCAUUCUCUCUCUCUUUAAGCCUGUCAUCCACGCUAAUUCAAUAGCAAAGAUAGGUCAUACGGUCUACCUGCUGUGCUCUGAAGCAGGGAAGACCUUAAGUUGAACGAGGUGGAAGAAAAGUGGACAGGUCUAUCGGCUGCACGUGUAUGAGGGAAAGAUAAAGUGACGACGACGACGGGCUGAGGCAAGCGAGGAUUCCCUGGUACUGUCUCCUUCCUGUUCUGUGUUCCUACCCUAAUAAUUGUGCUGUUAGGAGCAGGCACAAGGCGUGGUGGUGUGUAUUGAAAGCAGUUGCUGGAUGGGACUCUCCACAAGUGUAUACAUGUCACAUACCCUAAAGUUGGCAUAAGACAGUCAUUAAUUCCAUUAUUGUGCUAAAGGACACAGUCGCCAUUUCUGUAUUGAGUAACUUGCUGCUUGUUUUGCUUUAUGAUUAUAGAAGAAUGUUUUUAGAAAUGUAUUCUGUAACAGUUGGGAGUAAUCUGAAAAGAAAAGAGUAUCAUGGUAUAUGAAAUGUACAUGCUGUGUCUCCUAAGAAUACCCUAAGGUUAUGAUUGUUACUGUAUUGAAGUCAUUUUUACAUGUUAGCUUUAAAUUAUUGUUUUUCUUUGGUGUUAGAGAACAAUGGUUUUUGGUUUUUUGGUUUCCAGCAAUAAAAGAUAAAGUUGAGGAAAUAGAAGGAGAUAGAAGUCACGUAAAUAUAAAACUCUAACCCAACAAUGUUCGUCAUCACUUUGACAAAUGCAUUGCUUUUAUUAUCGAAUAGUUUCCAGAUAAGGCAAGAUACACAUUAUGUGCCAAAUAAUUAGAGCAUUUAAAAUAGACUGUGAUACUGUUUAUUUCUUUUAGUAUAUAGUUUAAAAUUUUCUGUUUUAUAAAUGCUAUCAGGCUUCUAUACCAUGGACCUUCAAUAUUUAUUUGAAGAUAGUUUGGUGGCAUUUGCAAUGAUAAAUUGUAUUAUCUCUUGA